AACUUCAGUCGCUGUUUGUCCUUUGUGGAGAUCAGUCGUCAUCUUGUAAGCGUUCGCGCCCACACGUGUCUUUAGAUUAUUUCACUGUUUCUCUAGUUUUUGACUCUCGUGGUGUUAUGGUUUUCCAUCGUACCAACAUUCAAUUAGAACAUAACUAGACUCAAAACUGAAACAGACCUCGUAACGAAUGCAAAACUCGAUCGCCGGAAGGCGUAGCAAAUUUGACCACCCAUUUCGUUUGUGACCCACUACGUGAAUCGACACGUAACAAAAAAAAAAAGAAAACUGGUUCGUUUGUUUGGUCAUCUCAUUUUCGACGAACAAUUUUGUGAAAAAAUAAAACAACAACAGAUCGAGAACUUGUUGAUUCACACGUCUUAAUUUUCCUUUGUUGCGUCGUGUGGUUACAGCGCUGCACAUUUUUCCCGGGCAAACGCAAAAAACAGCUGAAAAGCCUCGUGGUGAUUCAUUUUCCCUCCAAGUGCAUCCGAUUGUGUGUUUUUUCUUUCUCUCCCUUCCCCCUUCGAAUAGUCCACCAAGGGGCCGAGAAAAAAAAAACGGCAGGUGGUUGGCGAUAACACACACAACCUCCCCCUCUUCCAAUUUCGCCCUUUAGGAAUUCUAUUGCAAAAAAAAAAAAGAUCUAGUAGUUUUUAACUACGAGCUUUUAUUUGUAAUAUCAAGAUAGUCACUUUGUUUGUGUGAAGGUGUGUGUGUGUGUGUGUCUAUCAGUGCUGCAGUGAGUGUGUGUGCUGUGCUUUUCUCGUUGGGAAGAACGUGCGGCUGCAUCAGUGGACACAACACGGGACCUUUGGUGAAUCACGAAGGGAUUUUAUUUCUUGUUGCCCGAUCUGAUUCGCCUAUCCGGACGUGCUUGUCACGUUUCAUUUGAGAUGAUGGCCGCCUCGUCUUCAUCGGCCGCGCUCCUGUUGCUGGCCGCCUACCUGAACGCCGUUUCGUCUCAAGGAUCCAGUUGCCAGCUGCCGGAUGCUUGGCGUGGAACGUGGUUCCAGUCGGGUCUCAACACUGUGCGCAUCAACGAAACGACCAUCGAUUUUAAAGGCAAAUGUUUAGAAAGCGAUGGCGAAUACUACCUCUUUGAAGAAAAAUUGGAAAAGGAAGAGAAAUGUUACCGCUGCCUCUUCAUCGCCCAGAAACAUACCAAUGUUCUUCAAUACAAAGAAUCUUAUUGCGAAGGACGCGACACGUUGGAGAACUUGUGCAGCAUGAUACCCGGCGACGCUCAACAGUAUUCGCUUUUCCGACGUGACGCAACGCCGUUCGAGUGCCCCUUCCGCGGAUCCUACACGUUCACCUAUUCAAGGGGUCACGGCGAGUGCCGUUCGCCCGUCUCCCGACUCGAUUCGUGCACCGAAUCGUGGCGAACUUUCUUUCGAUAUCAAGCCUGUCCCGAUGUCCAGGGCACCGAGAGUUCAGAAGAACAGCUGGAAUGUUUAGCCCAAUGGAAGGAGGGCUCACUGCGCUAUUUGAUGGGCCGUUUACAACACCAAGGCGCCACUAGUGAUGAGGAUCGUUACCGCUGUUUUGUCUACGAGAAAAUUCAAGCUCCGUCGUCUUCGCAGUCGCCUUCUUUGCUUCCGCUUCCGGCCGGAUCGGGCCCUGCAUCCGGAUCGGGAGAACGUCAUCGUCCUGUCACCAUUUUGCUGGCGCAGAGUGGCGAUGCCACUUGCAGCGGAUUGACUUCACCCACCGAAGGCUCUCGCACUCUCAAACUCACCAAAGCAGAAGUGGAUGGCCGGAAAUGCCACUAUCCGAGCUGGUUGCUGGCCCACAACCGAUGGCAAACGCUGGACGGACGAUGGUCUUACACGCUGCACAAGAAUUCCACCAUGCGCAUCAUCAACAAUGCGACGACGGCCCACGUGACGGCCACCAUUGUCUCUGGCGGCCCCUCGUUUAAUUCCGCAUCGGCAAGCGUCGAUUCGCGCAUGGAACAGAAAGCCGUUUGCCAAUCGGUGCUCGAUCUCGGCGACGGAGCCGUUCGAGUGGUGGCGCAUCUCUCGCAAGGCUGUCAAUCCGGCUACGUGUGCAUGGUGUUCCAUCGACGCGAUGGCCACGUCGUUGAAUUCCAAGCCGGAGAAGCGGCUCCAGCGCCCGACGAAGCUUGCAGCGCUUACUAUUUCAAUCCGGUUGUAGGACACUUGACUACGCUAAUUGCUGCUUCACACCAUUCGGUGACGUGCCCGUUGGACGGUAAAUUUAACGUGAUGAGGUCGAUCAGUCACGCGUCGUCUCGACUGCCUUGCUCUUCCGACUCGUUGGCCAAUGACGUGACAUCCGCCGUGGUGACGCCGCACCUUUUCCUAACCGGACAACGGACGUCGGCCGUCGCUGUCGGCUGCUCGGCACCCGACACGCUGGACCUCUAUCACGAAUGCAGCCGCGAGACCAGUUCAGGUUAUCUGUGCCGGAGCACGUGGAACGACGAUCACGACGAACGUAUCAAGUACGUCAUCGUGACUCCGUUGCACGCAACGGCUAACCGGCACGGGGCCGACGGGCCGCCGCGCCGUUUCUGUCUGACUCUGACCACCCACGCGACCAAGGCCACGACGCUGCCGCCGUCCGACAAUCAACAUCCGCAGGAUCUCGUCUCGUCUGGCGGCGCCGCCAAUGGCGCACCUCUAGAAUGGAUCGCUUCGAGUGAAACUUGCGUCCGCACUUAUGCCAAGGAUAGAUUGGCCACCCACGGAAAGCAGUCGACUCACUUGUCCCACAACGCACACAAUUUGCAUAUCACGUCGGUGGAUGGCGAUGGAAGUUCCGCUGGCGCUUCCGUUUUCAACGUGACAUCGGCCGGUCAGUGCACGGGCGUCGAGGCGGCCAUUCUCGAUCAGCGCAAGCUUUUCCCUUCCUCUUCAUUGUCCUCUUCGACAUCGGCCGCCACCACCACCCUUAUGUCGUCAGCCAAGAUGGAUUACCUCCACCUAUUGUUAAUGGUCGUGACCGUCGCCCGUCUCGUCGGUCGGUGAUUGCCACAAGUGCAGCGAAAGUCAAGUUGUUGUUGUUUUAUUUUGUUUUGUUUUUUUUGUGUCUCUUUCUUUUUCCCUCAUCCCCCACAAUGCGACUGUGAUUUGUGUAUUUUUUAUUUUUAUUUUCUAAUUUCCAAAACACGAAAAGAUUUAAGUUUAAAACAAUAACCCACACACAAACAAUAUUAUGAACGACGUAAGCGGGAAAAAAGAAACACAUUUAAACCGUUGGCGCUAGUGUCAAUUAUGUUCGUUCACUCAAUUCCUUCACAUCUUUUUUGUUUUUAUUUUUCUCUUCUAUUGCUUUUUGUCUUUGAUAUCGAAUUCUUUUGUCCCGUCUGGUGUACAUAUUUAAGUGUUGUCGGAAAAAGCUUUGCUGGCCCCAGAGGAUCCCAAAAAGAUUGGCGUGUGUGUGUUGGAUUCGGUUACAAAGGUGGGCUCGAAAUGGCUGGAAAAGUGGUAGAGACGUGGGGGGGAUCUAACCAGAUGAAAGAAUCAGUGAACAGACCAAGCCAACAACGAUCGAUGUGGAAAGAAUAAAAAAAAAAAAGGCCGAAUAUGUGGAGAACAUCAGGUUACACGGUUGCACGCUAAAUCCAAUCUCGUUUGAAAAUUACCGUCGAUAUUUUGUUUCUUCGUACCGAGAAUCCGCUCGUCACAUUUCUUUUCAAAGCUUCUCCCCUUUUUCUCUUCUUAUCACCAACUGGGAAAAGAAAAAUUCCAGUUGAUUUUUCAGAUUUCCUUCUUUUUUUGUGUGUGUGUGUGUGUGUCACAAAAGAAAUGUGAAAAAAAGAGAGAAAAAAAAAUCCGGACUCGGUGGCUCGCAGACUUUGUUGACUCGUGUUUUGUACCGUAGGACGUCAACACAGCCUUAAAUGAUAUCUUCGUCGCUAGCGUCUGUACAAUUCUUUGAUUUUCGUGGUACUAGCAUGAUGCAUCAAUUUUUUCAUCCACAGUUGCAGUUUGAAUUGAAAGCCAACAACGGGCAAAGCAGCAUUUAUUAAGAAAAUUUCAUUUUAUUUUAUUUUUUUCUAAUAUUGUUGUUUAAAUUCUUUAUCCACACUAUGGGACACCGUGUGUUCCCAACAUCUUGAUCACCACUACUAAGAUUUAUGACAAAGCAAUUGGUACUUUUUUUUUUUUUGUCCUUUCCUUUCUUCUUUUUUAUGGUGUGCAUCAAAAAAGAUAAGCGCGUUUGUAAUCGACUGACAAUGUCCAUAAGGAAAUAUUUUUGUUUUGUUAAUCUUUUCCUAUUUUGUAUGAUACAUAUUUUUGUUUUUUUUUGCAUUUUUAUUGCGGAGGGAUUAUAUCCUCAAUUUUUUAAACGUGUCGCAUAUUACCUGUACUUUACACACUACCAAGAUGGGGAGAAGUAAAACACAAAAAAGAAAAAAGGAAAAAAAACAUUACGUUUGUAACUUGUGUGUAUGUAUAUACGAUAUACCAUAUUGUCAUUCGGAGCUUUAUUGUAAAUACAUUGAUUCAUGAUGAA